AUGCCUUUGGCAGACGAAGGUAUUCUUUUGACGAAGCCGGUCUCCGGAGAGGCGACGCCUGUUUUUAACGGUGAUGCCUCGGAUGAUGAGCUUGCUCAGCAGCGGGUUGCGAAGAAGCUGAAGGAGACCAGGAUUGAGGGCGAGAAGACCGAGGACGCUGAGGAGGCUAAGGAAUCGGCAAAGAAAGACAUCAACGAGGAAGCACCAGAAGAGUCUGAGAAGGGCCAAGAGAAGACCACGGACGACAAGAGGGAUGAGCCUAAGAGAAUCAAGAGAACGCAUACAGCUGUCGAAGAGGAAGAUAAGGACGUCGAGAGCAAGUCAAGCGACGAGAAGACCGAGGCUCCCAAAUCACCAUCAGUCGCACCACCGGAGCCUAAGAAGAAGAUCUUUGGAAGCGGCAGUGCGUUCGGUGGCGGUGCUUCCGCUGCCUCACCUUUCGGUGCCCUUACGUCAAAUGCUUCACCCUUCGGUGCUCUUUCUUCGAGUGCUUCGCCAUUCGCAUCACUGGCCUCGGGAAAGUCGCCGUUCGCUUCAGGUGCGUCUUCAUCAAAUGCAUCGCCAUUCGGCUCAUCGACUGCGUUGUCUGGGUUUGGAGCAUAUGCUGGUCAAUCUGCCUUCGGUAAGGUCACGACGUCUGUCAGUCCUUCGAAGAAACCUAAGACUGCCGAUGGCGAAGACGAAAACGACGACAACAAGAGUGGUGAGGAAGAGGAUAAGGAGCAGGGCGAGAAGAAGGACGGCGGUUUCUCGAGCAUGUUGGAAAAUGUUAAGGAUGAGGAGAAGUCGGUGAAAACCGGCGAGGAGGAAGAGACUACCGUUUACAACUCCAAAGCGAAACUGUUUUCCUUCGAUACGAAGGAGCAGGCGUGGAAGGAGCGAGGUGUCGGUACUCUGAGAGUAAACCUCUACCAAGAUAAGAAGCUAGGUGGCCGGAUAGUCAUGCGUGCCGAUGCCGUUUACCGAGUAAUCUUAAACGUCAAGCUGUUCAAGAACAUGAAGAUCGAGACUUCCAAAGAUGCUGUGAUGAAUGAGAAGUCUAUUCGCUUCAGUGCGUUAGAGGAGGGCAAGCUAGUUAUGUUCACUGUUAGGGUCGGCAACGCAAAUACCGCGUUGGACCUGGCCAAGGCAAUUACUGAUUCUCUGCCAGAGGAGGCUAAGGAGGGUGAUGAGGAGAAAGAAAAUGAGGAGGAAAGCGAAGUGUAG